AAGCUAUCAGUAGCAUUUGUAGCUGUGUGAGAGUGGUUAAUAAAAGUGUAAACUAACAUACAGACAUUGUGGUGGUGGAAAGUAGUACGGUUUCAGUAUGAAAGCUAUCAGCCCAGUAAGAUCUGUACGAAAAAACAGCGGUCUAUCUGACCACAGUCUGGGUAUUUCACGCAGCAAAACGCCUGUGGACGAUCCAAUGAGUCUGCUGUAUAACAUGAACGACUGUUACUCCAAACUGAAGGAGCUAGUGCCAAGCAUUCCGCAGAACAAGAAAGUGAGUAAAAUGGAAAUCCUACAACAUGUCAUCGAUUACAUUCUGGAUUUGCAGAUCGCUCUGGACUCUCAUCCCAGUAUUGUCAGUUUACAUCAACAACAGAGACCGGCACAGAGUUCUUCUUCUAGACCUCCACUGACUGCCCUGAAUACAGACAUCAGUAUAUUAUCUUUACAGGCAUCUGAAUUCCCCUCAGAAUUCAUGACAGAUGACAGCAAAGCACUUUGUCGUUAAACGAUUGGUGUUCGCUUGGGGACUUUUCUUUUUUUGCACAACUACAGGACCUAGGAGAUGAAUUAUUUUCUUUGUUUUUAAAUGCAGUUGUCCACAUCGGAGGUGUCACACGACUGAAGAAACUAUGAAGCGAUUUUUCCUUACUCUACUUGGUUAUUUAUGAAGAUUUGUAAAUGCUCUUUCUUCAUAUGGAAGGCUUUCUGACUUUUUCCCCUUGGGAUCAGCACGUUAUUUUUCAAAGACUCUCUAUUUUAAGAAGACUUUGCCUUUUUUUCUAAAAGGUGGAGCGUGGUUGCAAGGAACACCAGUGUUCGGUUUUAAAUUCACGUGAAAGAACUGUUUUGGACUUAAAAGACUGGAUGUUGUACAAAUUGUAUAUAAUAAAGACAAUGCGAACUCUCUAUAACCUUGUAUAGUAGCAGAAAUUUGAGUUUCUGCAGAUUAUGUUGUACUUAAAUCAUGCUAAACUUUUUAUAAAAGUUUAAAUGUAAAUUGAAACUUUUUAUACAAAAUAAAUUGAUUUACCUUUAUUGAAA